GGCCUUGCCCUCGCCAUGGCCCCGUGGCUGCAGCUGCUGGCGCUCCUGGCGCUGCUCCCUGGCGCGGCCCCCAGACCCGUCAAGCCCCGGGCAGCUGACUCGGAGGCCUGGGAGCUGGCGCCCCUGGAAUUGCUGGAGCCCGCACGCUUCGCGCUGGAGAUGUACAACCGCGGCCGGGCAGCGGGGAAGCGGGCGAUGCUGGGAGCCGUACGCGGGCGCGUCCGCCGGGCGGGCGAGGGCUCGCUGUACUCCUUGGAGGCCACCCUGGAGGAGACGCCGUGCAACGACCCUACAGUGUGCCAGCUUCCUGUGUCCAAGAAAACCCUACUCUGCAGCUUUGAAAUCCUGGAUGAGCUAGGAAAACACAUACUGCUGAGGCGGGACUGUGGCCCAGUGGAUACCAAGGUUACAGACAACAGAAAUUGGACUUUGAAUUCAUUCCUUCCAUUGCUGAAUAAGGAUUCCUUCCCCCAAGUGAGGAGCCUUGAUCCCUUAUUCCCCUUCUUCUCCCUUCACCCUGGAGUGGGCCUCUCAGAUCAAGCUGAACUCCUUGCAAAGACCCUUCUGCCUUUCCAGGACUUUUCUGUGAAGAUGACUUCAGUCUUCAAGGAGUUUGUUACUACAUAUAACCGGACUUACGAUUCAAAAGAAGAAACCCAGUGGCGCCUGACAGUCUUUGCCAGAAACAUGGUACGAGCACAGAAGAUCCAGGCCCUGGACCGUGGCACAGCUCAGUAUGGGGUCACCAAGUUCAGUGACCUCACAGAGGAGGAGUUCCACACCAUCUACCUGAACCCCCUACUACGAGAGAAGCAUAGCAAGAUGCACCCAGCCACGUCUGUAAAUGACCCCGCUCCACCUGAAUGGGAUUGGCGGAAGAAGGGAGCUGUAACCAAAGUCAAGGACCAGGGCAUGUGUGGCUCCUGCUGGGCCUUCUCUGUCACAGGCAAUGUGGAAGGCCAGUGGUUCCUGAAGGAGGGGACCCUGCUCUCCCUCUCAGAGCAGGAGCUCUUGGACUGUGACAAGAUGGACAAGGCCUGCCUGGGUGGCCUGCCCUCCAGUGCCUACAUGGCCAUAAAGAGUUUGGGAGGGCUGGAGACUGAGGAUGACUACAAAUACCUGGGCCACAUGGAGGCCUGCAACUUCUCUGAAGAGAAGGUCAAGGUCUACAUCAAUGACUCAGUGGAUUUGAGCCAGAAUGAGCAGAAGCUGGCGGCCUGGCUGGCCAAGAAGGGCCCGAUCUCUGUUGCCAUCAAUGCCUUUGGCAUGCAGUUCUACCGCCACGGCAUCGCCCGCCCACUCCGGCCCCUCUGCAGCCCUUGGUUCAUCGACCAUGCUGUGCUGAUUGUGGGCUAUGGCAACCGCUCUGACAUUCCCUUCUGGGCCAUCAAGAACAGCUGGGGCACUGACUGGGGUGAGGAGGUGAGUCUUGCCCACUUGGCCCCUUGCCCUCCAGUCCCCAUCCUACUUAAGUGCCCUCACCAACCUCCGCUCUCCCUCAGGGUUACUACUACUUGCACCGUGGGUCUGGAGCCUGCGGUGUGAACACCAUGGCUACCUCGGCAGUGGUGAACUGAGGAAGGUGCUGGCGCAGGACCUGGUGCUGACCAGAGCAGCCCCUUCCCCAGCCCGUAUGUUCAGACCCUUCCCCAGGAGGCACAGCUGGGGAAACAGGCAGUGAGCAGGAGGCACUGGGCCCCUUCUUCCUUCCACCUCCUCCCACCCUGCGGUUCCCCAGCUGCACCCUCGGUGAACUGUGGUAGCCAGGAGGAUCCUGGGGUGAAGGAUGUUUUCAUGGCAGCUGAAGCUGAGGCAAGAACCCCGGGCGCGGGUAAGGAGCAGGACAAAAAUAUUCCAAUCUUAACCCAGCUCUGUCCUCAGUAGGCUCUGGCUCUGCCUUGGCUGUCCUCUGUCUCAUGCUAUAAAUUUUCUACUCCCCCUGGAUUUGGGACAUGUCCCCUUCCAUAUCCAGGAAACAUAACCACCCUCUCUAACAGCAAUAAAGAGGUGUCCUGGUCCCCAUUGUGGC